AUGGAGCAGGCAGUCCCGCAACCUUUGGCUAACCUGCUUUCGCGGGCUCGCUACUGCAGCGUUUGCAUGGUUGUCAAGCGUGAGGGCCAUGCGCACAAGUACCGCACAGGCCACGAUCUGCGUCUCUUGACGCCUGAGGAGAAGGCCAACCUUUCUCAGCGGUGGCGCGAGGAGCAGGAGAUUGGCCAGGAGGCGAAGAAGCGCAGGCUGGCAGAAGACCGCCAAGAGGAGAUGCGUCGCCGACGGGAAGCGUCGCAAACCGUCUCCCAGGUCUUCCGGAUGGACUUCGGCAAGCACAGAGGCCUCACCCUGGAUGAGGUGGACGCCGUUGAUUCAAAAUAUUUGGGCAUCAUGGUGCAGCAGAACGCACACAAGGCCCGGCCCACUCUGCAGCGGGCUCUGGAGCAAAGCGGUCGCUUGGAGUCCCUGCUCGCCGACUCUAAAGAAGCUGCUCAGGCGGCUGCUAGGCGUGUCUUGGAGAAGCACGCGGAGGCAUUGCCCACGCCUCUUGCUCCAGAAGUGCGCAAGUUGCGGCAGAUUCAGGUGGCGGAGGCCAGUGAGGGCAGGAAGAAGGGCAAACAACGGCAGACGGCAUCCAGGGCAGUUGUGACUGCCCCGAGUGACGCUGACCAGCGCAAAGCCAAGGAUGCCGCCUUGGAGAAAAACCGCCGCAAGGCGCGUCUCGUUGCCCGCUUGAAAUACACGGCCCUACAUCAGCGCAGCACGGACUACAUCAACAAGUCCAGGCAGCGGAGUCGGGCGACCCUGUCCAGGGACUUCCUUACAUUUGCCCGGAUGAGUCCCAUGGAGCUAGCGCUGGCCCUCAUCGAGGAUGGUCUCCUCCAGAAUCUGGAAGGAACACGCUGCACCAAUCCAAAGUGCGGCGAGCAGAAGGGCUUCGGCGGCGAGUCCAUCCUCGGGCCGCUUCGUCAAGGGCAGAAAAACGAGCCCAACAUGACGCGCAGAGCCGUUCACUACCGCUGCCAGUGCUGCCGCAAGCGAGUGACAAUCAGCGCGGGGAACCCGCUUUUUGUGGGCAGCGGAGCAGGGCAGCACUCCAUGUCCCUGACCAUCCUGGCCUUGUGGAACUGUGUGGAAGGGAUUUCAAUUACCCACACAGUUCAUCAGCUCGCCGUGGACGAGAAGGUCGUGUCGUGGUAUCGCACGGCCCGGCAAAUUAUGGUCUGGGACAUCCUCCGCUUGCAGGACGUCAUGAUCUUCGGCAAGGGCAGCGAGACCAUCGAUGUCGAAGCUGACGAGUCCCAAUUCCAGAGCUGGAGCAUCGUCAAUGAUUCCUCCGGGGCCAGGACGUAUUACUGGUACGUCUGGUUGGGCGUCAUUCAGAGGGGCAACCCUUCGAAUUUCUACUUGGAGAGCCUGGGAGUGACUGUGUCGCAUGGCGAGCCCCGUGUUCCUCCACUCACCGCAGCCGCUUGGCGAAAAACCUGCGAGAAGGUAUUCGAUGAGGAUGCGAAUGUCGUGCUCAUGACCGACUCCGCACAGGCCUACGCUUCCGUCGACGUUCCUGGCAUUGUGGAAAAGCACACUGUGAAUCACAGUGAGCACGAGUUCUCUCGCUCGGUUUCAGUGCUGCAAAAUGUUUCCACACGGGAGCGGAGGCCCGGCAUGGCGGGCACGCAGUUGGUCGACAGGGAGUGGGGGCACCUCAAAGAUCUGUUGCCACAUGGCCUUUCAGCACGGACGGAGGAGGAGCGUGCCCGUUAUGCCGAGUACAUUCGGGAGGCGCAGUGGAAACGGGUUCUACACACCAGCGACAGAUGGCAGCGCUUCUGUGUGGCGGCCAGGGACUAUAUGCAAGCAGAUUCCAGAGCCGUGGUGCCGGCCGAUCCCCCCCAGGAUUUGCCCAGAUGGAACGACAGGUACUUCGAAAGCCAGGAAGCGGGCCGCUGCGGCAUGCACGCUCUCAACAACUGCCUGGGUCAGCAACUCUUCGCCGCGGAGGAUUUGGAGACAGUGGCAGUUGCCGUCGUGGAAGAGACGGGUGAGGAUCCCAGCGAUCACAUAGUCUUUCAACCCGUCUCUGCGGCUGCCUAUGAUGCUGUUCUUGGUACCGAGCAGAUUGUCGGUCUCCUGGUGAACCACGAUAACACGCAUUGGACCUGUGUCGCAAAGCAUGCGGAUGCUUUGUGGCAUGUGGACAGUUUGCAGGGACAGAGAUGCAUUCGCCAACCCGACUUCGAACGCCUUCUUCAAACGUUCCCAUCAACUUUUGCCAUCGCUCGAUGGCCCGAAGGGGCCGAGCGGAAUGAAGCUGUGCUGGGAAGACUUUUGGGUGGCAUUGUUGAU